AUGAAAAUAACUCGUAUAUACCACUCUGUGUAUUUAUUGGCAUUAUUCCUUACGUUAAACGCGACCAAUUUCAAUUUAAAACUCACAAAUUCUUCAAUAGAAACCACAGCAGCCAAAGUGCAGUUAACAAAUGGCACCGCUUUGAAGGACAAGGUGAAAUCAUGUACCAACCCACAACGCAGCGAAUUUGAUGCCGGCACCGGCACUACUAUACUACGGCCGAUCGUAGAACGUGUUUUUUCACGUAAGAAACGUUUUCUACUCGCUCCCGCAAAGACGCGUCUCAAAUUCACUAUGCAAAUAAGUAAAAGAUUACUUGCAAGAAUACCAAGUGGAUUUAAUUUUAAUAUCGAGGCAGCGCUUUAUUAUCCAAUGAUUACAAGCCGCUUAGAUUUAAUACCUAAACGCUUACGUCCGAAAACCACGCCGAAACCGAAACCAAAAGGUCCUACCACACCGCUCAUCAUACAAAUACCCGGUUCACUGAUACGUUACAAAGCAAAACCGGCUGCUAAACCGGCAAAGGUGCAACGUAUCGACGAGUCUGGUCAGUUAUUACAAUGGGUAGAUACUAAACCAGUUGCACAGCCUACAUCAGCAGCUGUACAGGACUAUACACAACCGCAUAAGUGGCAACAAUGGUCCAAGUAUGGUGCGUCGGAUUAUGCGCAACGUUAUGAUUGGACACCUACAAAGCAAUGGACGAAUAAGCAACCAGUUUGGUUGUCACAAGAUUCCAAAUGGACUAAGUGGACCACUACGCCAUUGCCGUGGGCGUCAAAUAAGAAAUGGCAGCAAAAGGCUGAUAAAUGGCAACAAUGGGUUCAAGCGGGUAGUGCGGGUGGGAUGAGGACGAGAAAUGGUCGCUGGAAGCGCGACAGUGAACUGAAAGAAAUAGAAAAUGUUGAGGUAGAUGCGUUUGAAGCAGCAAAGCCUGAGCUGAACUCAAUUGAUGUUUUAGAAGAGCUUGAAGAAAUAGAACCGAUGUAUGCGCAUUUUCCUGAACUAGAAGAACAUUAUGAUUGGAAACAUUAUCACAACUAUAGGGACCGAAGACAUUUAUAUCAUCAGUUAACUGGUUUGAGUGAUAUCUUAGGCAUAGAUUUGAAAUCAUGCGUUUUGCGCGCUAUCUGUGAUUGUAAGCGAUUUCUGAUGCCUCCGGGAUAUUCAUUGGCUCAGGAUAUACUAAGAGUGAUGUUUACUUUUCCUACUAAAACUGGCCUCCAGGACGAAUACAGUCGCAUUGCACAGGCAGAUUUUGAGAAAUGUGAUCGUGAGUUAAAAUCAGCUUGUCCAUUUAAUAUGCUCGCUUGGCUAAUGGGACAAAAACAGUGAAAUAAUCG